AUGCAAGGGUACCAAGAACACCAUUCCCAUCCUUCAUAUCUACGAAAACGAAAACCCCACAUAUCUGAUAGCCUGCCUUUUCACAAAGCUUGUGCUUAUCACGCGGAUGUAUUUGGGUCAUUGCGCACCUACAUUGUCGUCUCCAAGUCGAUUAGUACAACUCCAGCCCUUGAAGCUCUCCGAUCUGCUUUAGGCGCUACCAAGAUCGCUGGGAUCCGAUACGGCAUCACAUCUCAUUCACCUUGGGAAGAUGUGUUCGAACUGACGGAAGCCAUACAAGCUGCGGACGCGGAUCUUAUUAUUACUUUAGGUGGUUGUUCUAUAACAGACGCCGUCAAGCUCGCAAGGCUCUUCGUUCCCAAUAACGUGUCAACAGUGUCGGGUGCAGAGAAAUUAUUCGCAAAGAUAAGGGCGGGAGAGUUUGUGGAGCCCGCGGCGAUCCCCGUCAUUAACGUACCAACAACGCUUUCUGGGAGUGAAUUCACAUGUGCUGGCGGUGCGACAGAUUCAAAUACCGGUCAUAAGCUGGUAACGAUGCAUAAGUCCAUGUAUGCCGACGUUGUUAUUCUUGACCCGAGGUUAUCAUUUGGUACUCCGCGGAAAGUGUGGCUAUCCACUGGAGUCCGAGCCAUCGAUCAUUUCAUUGAAGGCCUUUAUGGUAACGCAGCUGCACUUUUCAUCGACAUGCACGAGGAGCUCGGCAUCGAAGUCGACAAAGAUAUCGAGAACAUCAUUGUUAGAGCCCUCGGAAACCUGCUGACAAGCUUGUUGUCAAUCAAGAACAACUGGGACGACGAAAAGGCGAGAUUACGAGCCUUUAUGUCUGUACAGGAAUGUCACCGGGCAGGAUUUAACGGAAUAGGUGCAAGUCAUGGUAUUGGUCAUCAGCUCGGUCCUUUGGGAGUUGGACAUGGCGAAACAAGUUGUAUCAUUCUGCCUUGGGUUUUGCGAUACAACUGGAAUCAUGGUAGCGAGACUCUUCGACGUCGACUUGAGCUGGCGACUGCCACAUUUUGGGAACAGGAGAACGUGGCGGAAUCUCUUCGUUCUGCUGGUCUUAUUAGUCAAGAAGCAGAGCUAUGCGAUGUAGUGGGAACUUACAUCAAUUGUCUUGGUCUACCGAGAACUCUAGGAGAGUUCAGUAUCAAGUAUGAACAUCUUGAGGGGCUAGCUGAAAGUGCUAUGAAAGACUGGUGCACUAAAGUCAACCCGGUCCCAUUGAACAAAGACAGCGUAUUAGAGAUACUGCAUAGUGCAGCGUAA